AUGGUAGCUUGUGGUAUGCGGCAUUCACUUGUCUUGUUCGCAGGGAAUCAAGUAUGCGGAUUUGAUUCUGGAAAACGCGGACAGCUUGGUGUGUCAUCAGACAAAACAAAAUCUUUAAAUCUUCCAUGUGUUGUCUCUCGAUUAGAAGAUGUUGAGGUUGUUCGUAUAGCAGCCAAUGGAGAUCACAGUGCAGCUAUAUCUGGUAAUGGAGAGUGGUUUAGUUGGGGAAGAGGCUUCUGUGGUAGCCCUGAUGUUCAAACCCCUCAGUGUCUGUCUUCAUCUCAAUCUUUCAGAGAAGUUGCUUUAGGAUGCAAUCAUGCUUUACUGCUAACAGGGUUUUGCCUUGGGAGAGGGAUUCUUGUUGCUCUUUGUUUAGGGUUUUUGCCUUGGGAGAGAGUGAGUGAUGGGGAUAAAGUUGAAGCGUCUGGUUUUUUCUAG